GUGAUGAUAACGAGUCUAUAAAAAAGGACUUGCCUGUUCAGCAGACGUCGCAUUUGUCAUCAUGAGGUCCUUGGCAGUGCUUGUGGCUUUCCUUCUGGUGGGGGUCGCCCUUGGAGAGUCGAGGAAGAACUAUGCGGGCGCCCAAGUGCUUCGUGCAGUUCCCGAGAAUGAUUCCCAGUUACAUUAUCUUCAGGGUCUCUUCAUGAAGAAUGUGUACGACUUCUGGACGGAACCAGGAGUUGUAGGGCGUCCAGUAGACAUCCUGGCCACGGCCUUCCAGCUUCCAGUCCUCAAGAAAACAUUGGCGAGACUCGGCCUGGAUUUCACAGUCCACAUUAGUAAUGUAGGAGACCUCCUGGAACAGAGCAGAAUUGCCCAAGAGAAGGCAGAAGCCAACAGUCAGUCCAGUAUGGACUGGAAUUCCUACCACCGAUAUGAUGGGAUCAUGGAUUGGCUCGAGUCCCUAGCCACAGAGCAUCCUGACCUCUGCAGCGUCGAGGAUGUUGGAACCAGUUACGAAGGGCGGACUAUGAAGCUGUUUCGACUGGGCUCAGGGCCUGACACCAAUCCCGGCAUAUUCGUUGAUGGAGGCUUACACGCCCGUGAGUGGAUCUCUCCUGCGGUAGUGACCUACAUCAUCAACGAACUCGUCCGGAAUAGGGUCACAUACAGUGACCUCCUGUCCAAGGUCAACUUCUACGUCAUGCCUGUCAUUAACCCCGAUGGGUACGAGUACUCGUUUACUAAUGAGCGUCUAUGGCGCAAGUCAAGAUCUGAAACCGGUUCACCCAGCGGCUGCAGGGGGGUUGAUGGUAACAGGAAUUGGGCCUACCACUGGAUGGAGGUAGGAGCAUCGGACGACCCUUGCUCUGACAUCUACGCCGGCCCCGAGGCCUUUUCGGAGGUGGAGAUGAGGGUCGUCAGAGACCAGAUCUGGAGAUUCAAGGACAACCUCAAGGCUUACCUCACCUUCCACUCGUACGCACAGCUGUGGCUCUACCCUUGGGGAUACACCUCCGAUCUCCCUGAGGACUGGAGAGAUUUGGAUAGCCUCGCCCAGGACGCUGCCAAUGCCCUGUUUCAGGUGCACCACCAACAUUACAGAGUAGGGUCUUCUACCCAGGUCCUUUACGCAGCCGCGGGAGCAUCUGACGACUAGGCCAAGGGUGUGGCCGGUGUGAAGUACUCCUACACCCUGGAACUCAGGGACAAAGGGCACUACGGGUUCGUCCUGCCGGCGACCGAGAUCAUCCCUUCGGGAGAGGAGACCCUUGAGGGCUUCCUGGUCGUGGCUAACUUUGUCAGGGAUCAUUACUCGUAAUAGGGAGGAAGUUUAGCGAAGGAAGUUUAGGCCUAGUGGAAGUUUUUUUUUUAAGGUUAACUUUCGAUCCGGAGUAUUCUUGUUCAUUAUUUUGUUUAUUCUCAAAACUUCAGUUUUCUCUCUCUCUCUCUCUCUCUCUCUCUCUCUCUCUCUCUCUCUCUCUCCAUCCCACCCACUCUCUCUCUCUCUCUCUAUUUUCGUCUUCACAAGGCCAAUUUCGACAGGAAGGAAGUUGAACGAAGGAAGUUUAGGCUUGAUGGAAGUUUUUUUUUUUUUUAAGUUUUUUAGGUUAACUUUCCUCGUUCUGAGAGCUACAAUAUUUUUCAUUUUCCUUUUCGCCCAAAGGCAGAUUUCAGCUUGGAUUCAAAUUCAUGAAUCUUUAAGUUCAAGAAAAUAUUUUAUGGUUUCCAAUUUCAUAUAUUUUAGCUCAUGAGCCUUUCAAUUCUUUACUUUAUUACUUAAUAAAAUAUCAUAAUAAUUUUGAUUUCCCCAAAUUUUCAAAUAAUUCAAGUACUAUGUUUUAGUUGCCGAAUUUGAAUGACAUCUUGAAAAUUUCCAAUUUCUGAAAAUAAUGAUUAUUCUCUAUGUAACAAAACAUUACUGUUACACAAACAAAUAAA